UCUGCUUUCACUUUGCGCAUCAGUCUGGUAAAGCGCAGAGCAAUAGGAGGCUGCACUAAUUGUAUUUUCCCAUUAUGAUUUUUUAUUUAUUUUUCACUUAUUAGGUUAUAGGGAAUAUUAUUUAACCUUUGGAUGGUCCAUUUUAAAUAAACGGGCAUCAGGUCUGGGGUUUUUUUCCAAUAUAAUUUGGCGUCUGUAGUCGGGAAUCUCCUGGACAAAAUGCGCGCACGGCGACUCGACGCGGUGUUUUACGCGUGCGCGCACCUGUGUGUACUAAGCUGCGUGCUCCAGGGCGCACGGUGCCAGCGGGACGCAGCGCCACUCAGGCGGACCAUCCAGUGGCAGCACGACGGCAGACUCUUCAGCAUCCUGAGUCAGGGCGCGCAGUACGUGCCUCCGGUAAGAAGAAGCGGAAACCGAGAUGUAGAGCAGCAGCAGCAGCAGCAGCAGCAGGAUGAGCAGCGCAGACAGCAGCCUCCGGCCAGACCCUUGACCGUGAUCAGCAGCGUCGAUGCGAGACACAGCGAGCCUUCGCACUCGCACGCAUCACGCUUGUUGCCCCUGAUACGCGCCGGUGCGCCGCGCGGUCGCCGGAACGACACCGAGCGCGCGGCCCCGAGGCCCGUUCCGUCUCCGGCGCCUCAGAGGGCCCGUGAGGAUGGAAUGGUCGGAGACGAUCCUUACAAUCCGUACAAGUACAGCGAACAGGAGAACCCGUACUACAACUACUACGACGCGUACGAAAGACCGAGACCGAGACAGAGACCCGGAUACGGAACGAGUUACUUUCAGCACGGUUUGCCUGACCUCGUGCCAGAUCCAUACUACAUUCAGUCCUCCAUCUAUGCGCAAAGGGUGCCUAUGUACAACCUCCGAUGUGCUGCAGAGGAAAACUGCCUUGCCAGCUCAGCGUACAGGUCAAGCGUGAGAGAUUACGAUACCCGGAUGCUGCUGCGGUUCCCACAGCGUGUCAAGAACCAGGGCACGUCCGACUUCUUGCCGAGCCGGCCACGCUAUUCCUGGGAGUGGCACAGCUGCCAUCAGCACUAUCACAGCAUGGACGAAUUCAGCCAUUAUGACCUGCUUGACGCCAGCUCUCAAUCCCGUGUGGCCGAGGGACACAAGGCCAGCUUUUGCCUGGAGGACACGUCCUGCGAUUACGGCUACUACAGACGCUUUGCAUGCACUGCACACACACAGGGUCUGAGCCCAGGAUGUUAUGACACUUACAACGCCGACAUCGACUGUCAGUGGAUCGACAUUACAGACGUGAAACCUGGGAAUUACAUCCUCAAGAUCAGCGUUAACCCAAGUUAUCAGGUUCAAGAGUCCGACUACAGCAACAACGUUGUGCGCUGUGACCUGCGCUACACCGGCAACUACGUCUAUGCUUCAGGGUGCCAGUUGUCACAGUAUUAAAACAUGUUCAGGGCGACUUCACAGAUGGGGACUUCACCGAGGCGACCAUAACGUUAGUCACCAUAAAGAAAAGCGGUGGAUUUCCACACUAAGUUUGAAUACGAUAUUUCUGAUUCAAUAAUCUUUUGAAACUUAGCGCAUAUUACAAGAUGAAGCUUAGGUGCAGUUCUGUCUUUAAUGUUUUUUUUCCCUUUUGGUUAUUUUUUUUUUUAUGAAUUGAGAUGUCACGUAAGACGACAGACAUAUUUUAAUAUAGAUUAUAAAAUGUUUACAAAUAAAAGUACCUUCCAGCUGAAGAUUGAAUGGCUGUGCAGUUUACUUACCAUCAAGACCAAGUGUAACUCAGCUAUACAGUGAAAUAGAUUAAAGGCUGAGUCUGUUCCACGCCAGACAACAGUCAGCUCUUCGCGGAUGUCCAGGACUGUCCACUAUAUUUGUUUAUUCUGAGAACUUAUUUGACAAAAAAAGCUCAUAUUACUGCAAGACAUUUAUUACAGGAAAAAACGACUUGAAUAAAUCACUUUUCUUUCUUUGAA